AGCCCAGCCUUCCCCACUCUGACCACCAGGUGUCUCCCUCUAGGCUGGCCACAGGAAGUGGUUUUCAGGAUGCUCCUAAAGGGUCUGAGACCUGGUGACCUGCCCUCUCCCCACUGGGUGUCCCACAGCCCUGUAGGGUAGGAAGGUCCAGGCGAGGGUCUCCGCCACCCCGUGGUCCUCAGCUGCCUCGUGGUCUCCGUGCAGUGCAGACCCUGCCCCACGUGGAUGGCCCUGCAGUCUGUCCUUGGCCUGAGAAGCUGCGGCGUCCAGGGAGAGCCCUCAGGACAUAGAAAGAGACUGACUUUAGGUCGCGGCUCAUGUGACAUGGGGGACUCCCGCCAGGCUGGCGCAGGGGCACCCCGCAGGUCCUUGGUGCUCAGAGACCCAGACAGAGCCCUGGAUCCUGGGAGCUGGACGUGCACUUGGGCAGUCCACACACCUAGGACAGGCGUCCCAGUGAGGGGCUGAGUGUAGGAGGGGCAGGUGGCCCCUGCAGCCCCGGGGCAGAGCGAGCGGGGCUUUGGGGUGGUUUGCAUUCUUUGUCCUGUGUCUGCGUCACAAACUCACCCCAAAGGGGCACUUCAGGCCACGGGGAGGCCUUCGCCCCUGCCCAGGCAUGGAGUCUGACGGGAGGUGAGGGCAGUGCGCUCCUCCGCAGCCUCCCGGGAGGCGCCUCCCCUCCUCCGCGGCUCCGGAUCCCUGUUGGUGCCGCCUGCCAGCUCCUGGCUCCAGGCUCUGCUGCAGUGGUCACAUGGCCUCCCCUGGAUGGCCGUGCUUCCUCUGCUUAUAAGGACAUGUCCCUGCACAGGGGCCCCUGCUCCAGAUGACUCACCAGGGCCCCUCCCAUCUGCAGAGACCCUGUUUCCAAAUAAGGUCAUGUUCAGAGGCCUGGGGUGGACAUGCCUUUUGGGGGGACACUGUUCUGCCCAGCACAGUCCCCAAAAGUAAAGGGAGCUGAGAAGGGGAGAGGGACCAUGGGGCCAGCGAGGCGGCACAGCCAGGGGUGCACAGGGACCUGACCAGGGAGCCCGCAGCAGGGCUCUGGGACUUGACCCCUGUGCCACUGACCCUAAAGCCCUUCCUUUGGUGUGAGCUUAACCCCCCCACACACCCCCGUCACGGGAACCCGACACACCAAGGACAGGAGCUGCUGGGGGGCGGAGCGGCCUCCCCCUCCUGCACCCCACUCCGCCAGCUCCCACCAUUGCUGAUGUUUCGCUUUCUUUUAAGCAAAGUGGACACGUGUUGCAAUGCCUGGACCCCGUGGAUGGUCCCCGUGGACGGUCCUCUGCACUGUACUCAAGUCUGUGUGACAACGAGUAGACUCCACUUAGAACGAGGGAACCCCGGAACCGUGGCACCCAGCCGGCGCCUUCCUGUCCCCCAUGUGCAUCUGGGACCUCAGGGCCCCCAAACCCCCCCGGGGCUCUUUCUCACACACCCUCCUGAGUGACCAGUGUCCUCAGCCCCGCCCCCCUGAGUAUGACCCCUGGGGAAGGCCAGCAAUAGGAAGAGUCCUGGCCCCCUUGACCCCACAAACAGGGGCCCUGCAGCCUCCCGGGAACCCAACAGCCCAGCCACAAGCCCCCAUCUUCCGGGCAGUGGGCAGCCCCAGCCCAUGCCACCUGGGAAGCUGGCCCCUAGGGAGGGGUUGCCAGGCGACCGGUCGUGACUGCUCCCAGGGCCUGCUGGGUGGCCACGUCACCUGGCAACCAGGUAGCAGCGUCCCUGGAGCCCAGGCCCCACAGCUGCGCCCAGGCCUGCCUGGCUCCUCCUGGGCCUGGGGGACCCCUGGGGCCCAUCCUGAUUCCCAGAGACAGGACGGCAGGCGCCGGGCAGAAUGAGCAUCGUCUUCUCCAGGGACAGCCAGGUGAGGCUGAUGGACAGCACGGUGACCAAUGCUGAAAAGUACUUCGGGCAGUUCUGCUCGCUGCUGGCCGCCUACACCCGCAAGACGGCCCGGCUGCGGGACAAGGCAGACCAGCUGGUCAAGCAGCUGGCCGACUUCGCCAACACCGAGGGCCCCGAGAUGCGGGCCACCGUGAGGGACUUCGCGGAGGACCUGGCCCAAGUGCAGGACUACCGGCAGGCCGAGGUCGAGAGGCUGGAGACCAAGGUGGUCAUGCCCCUGAAGCUCUACGGCGCCCAGAUCAAGCAGACCCGGGCCGAGAUCAAGAAAUUCAAACGCGUCCAAAAAAACGAGAUCAAACAGCUGGAGAAGCUGGAGAAGCUCAGGCGGAAGUCCCCCUCCGACCGGCAGAUGAUCUCCCAGGCGGAGACCAACGUGCAGAGGGCCUCGGUGGACACUGGCCGCACCACCCACCAGCUGGAGGAGACGGUGGACGCCUUCCAGAGGCAGAAGCUGAGGGACCUCCAGAGGAUUCUCUCGGACUUCGUGACCAUCGAGAUGGUCUUCCAUGCCAAGGCGGUGGAGGUGUACUCCAGGGCCUUCCAGACGCUGGAGAGGUACAGCCCCGAGACGGACCUGCAGGACUUUAGGGCCAAGAUGCACGGAGGAUCAGGGCCUCACCUGGCCCGGCCCCUCUUGGAUGCCAGCCCCUCUCCAUGUGUGCCGUGGCCUCCGGGCAGCCAGGGCGCUCAGAGCACCGUGCGCAGCCAGAGGAACGAAGAUGAGCAGAGCGGGGACUCUGUGGAGGAGGACCUCGGGGACAGGAGCAGGGGCCCCGUCAUUAGGGCAGAAUUCCCAGGACAGGUGGGAGGACGGGGCUGACCAGGCCCUGGGGCAGGUGGGCCCUGCACCU